CCAGUUCCUCUCCGGAAAAGGUGGUAGCACGCAGUGAAUGAUCACUGGUAAUUGUCUAUAUAUUAUCCUGCAAUAGCAGUAAAGAAUAAUACGGCAAACAGGACAAUCAAAUUAUUGGAGAAGACAAAUACAAAACUUCAGGUGAGUACUCUGACGAGUGAUUAAUUUCGCAGGGAGUACCGUAGACGGAUUAAAAGUGGUGUAAAAAAAUGUGGAUAUGAUUUACUCCGGGUGGCCAUUGUGAGGUAUAUCAUCUCCUAUAGCAUAACCAUAAGCGACACACAUUUUAUGUUAUCUUCGAUCGUUGUCUCCUGACCGAGUCUUUCCAUUAAUUUGUUUGAUCAAUAAAAUACAACACCAGAGGUGUUUGACAUAUGUGCUAUUGACGACCACUCCUCGAGGGAGCUUCAUCCGCAAAUGGAUUUAUUCAUUUAUUACCAAGAGUAAGGCCGAGAAGAUAAAUAAAUUAUAAAAGUGACGGCUGGAUGAUAAGUAGUUAAAGGAAUUACCAGUGUUGCCUGGCGUCCAAGCCUGGUGCCUGCGGUGGGAAUUUUUAUUGUUUUUCUCCAUUGGCAAAUUGAGCAUUUAGUUGAAAAACAACUACGACAGCAACGACUGGCUCACGUACACCGGCAGACGUCCAUUUUAUUCAGGCCAAUUUUUUAUCAGUUGGAUUUCUCAUGCGAGGGGAAAGACAACGGACAAACUCGAGUGGAAAAAACAUUGGUUUUCUUUUCGAUUUUGUGUAGCAUUGCAGAUUAUAAUCUCGGAUUAUGGAUGCAAUGGAGCCGCGUCUGGUGGCACAGGCAUUGAAUUAUCAUGGACAACAGUUGCAGAAAGUCUGGGAUGGUGAGAGAAGUGAGACUGAGCUUGCUAUGCUCAGUCUCAAAGAUCCGAACUUCGAUAUUUAUCAGCAGCGCCAGAAAACCCUCAGCUUUGGAGACAGAGGAAAAAGGCUGAAACUCCAACAAUUUAUUGUUAAAAAAGCGGAAACGCUCUAUGACAAAUCCAAUUUAUCACAGUGCAAUAAAGCUGUGAAACAAGUAAAUGGGGAUGAAGAGUUUUAUGCCACGAUGCCAGGACUUGAUUCCUUUGUUACGAUGGAGAAAACACAACGGAUCAGGAAUUUUUUAGAGAGUUUGAUUAUUGGCGAUGUUAUCUAUGCCCAAGUGAUGGGUAAAAGUGCCGCCGGAUUACUAUUGAAGAUCCUCUGCAAUUGCAGUGAUUGUCCGAGAGUUGUAACCGAUUUAGGCGUAAAGGCACUGAUAUUGAACACAGCGACAGUCCCCGCUGUGGACAAGAAAGGUGUAACAAGAGGCUACAUGGCAAAUGACCUCGUGUGCGUCGUUGUGAGUGAAGUAAACGUUGAAGCUGAACGUGUAGUGGCCGUUAUGAAUAUAUCCCCUCGUGAGGGUCAGACAUCUCACCCAUCAAUGGGUUUAAUACACUCUGACGACCUCCCCGAGGCCUACAAAAAAGCUAUGGACAACAAAGGACAAAGUUAUGAAACUAUCUUGGAGAGCAGUACCGGCUUCAAUAAUCCAAACAACAUUAAGUAUCUUUCUGAUAUGAUGAAUCUUGGUCAUGAACAUUACUCUAACAUGGUUGGUCUGAGGGAAAGAUUUCCACCGAAUGAAUACGCCACAGAACUGCGUCAGACACAGGCGAGUAAGUGGGCAUUUAAAAGUGUAGCUGAUGGUAUUGAUCAUUUCAAAGCAGGCCGUCACACUGAGGCAUUCCAAUGUCUGAAUAAAGCACUCGUGGUGGAUCCAAAAAAUGUUGAGGGUUUGGUGGCGCGUGGGGCGCUUUAUGCCAACAGUGGAAGUUUCAAAAAAGCCCUGGACGAUUUUGAAACAGCAUUGAAAAUCAAUCCAACUCAUGCCAAUGCUCGCAAGUACAUGGCGGAGACAUUAGUGGCACUUGGAAGAAGUUAUGAGGAUGAGAAGAAGUACGAGGAGGCCCACAAGGCAUAUCAGAAUUGUCUGGCAAUAGCCCCAUACCACGAGGAGGCCAGGAACUCCAUCGAAUACAUAAAAUCAAAGACACUCGGCGCUGCCCCUCCACAAGCAAUGAAUUCAAUAGAUAAUUUUAAAACAUUUGAUGGUGAAGUUGAUGGUGGUGAUGGCAAGAAGGACAAGAAAAAAAGAAAGAAGGAGAGAAAAUCUAGGUCGAAGAAGAGACAGAGACAGUGGACGUCGAGCUCAAGCUCAUCGUCCAGUGGUUCGUCGAGCUCAUCUAGCUCGGACUCGAGCAGCUCGUCAUCUUCGGGUACAUCGGGUAGGUCAAACUCAAAGUCACCUAAUCGUAAACGAAAACAUAAGAAGGAUCAUCGGGGCUCACUUUCACCACUGAGCAAACGCAUGGCUCAGUAUAAUAAUCCACCUGCCACUUCGUCAACUAGCUCUCAUGAUGCUGUUGCCUCGCAAUCAUACGUUGGUAAUUCGAGGGAGAAAAUGGAUGAUUAUGAGGUGCAAGUCAGGAAGUUUUUGGAACAGACGAAGGAUGAUUCUGAUUAUGAAGAUAAGGUUCGUAAAUUUUUAGAAGAAACGGCGCGAUGGAAGCGCGAGCGCGAGAAGGAUAAGAAACACGGGGAUACUGAAAAAAUUAAAAAGAAAAAGAAGAAGGAUAAGAAGAGCAAGGAUAAAGAGAAAGAGGAGAAAAAGUCACGGAAGAAGAAGAAGAAAGAGGAGAGGAAGAAACGUAAAAAUAAGGACAAACUUGAGCGUGAUUUGGAGGCCCUCAGAAAAUCAUCGUUACCUGAUCUCGAGCAGUUGGAGUCUAAAUUGAGUGCAUAUUAUGCUAAAGUUGAGAAAGAGACAGCAGUAUUGAAAAGAUUCGAAAGUAAUUCGGAGAAGCUCGCCGAGACUUCCCGAAGGGAGGAUGACCUACGAAGAGAGAGAGACGAUGUCACGAAAGCGUAUCACGAGCGUGACACACGAUUACCAACGACCCAACAACGUAAAGAAGUUCAACGAAAACCAUCGAACGAUCUCUUCGACCACGUGCCACAGCUGGCGCCCCCGGAGCCGAAAUUGCCAGCGCUAGACACAGCAGCAUUGAAUGCCAAGUGGAAAGCGGCUCAAGCAGCGCGUCAGAAGGAGACUCACGUGGUAGGUAAAUGGCAGAAUCUCCACCCAGAGAGUAAGAAACGAGGUGAAUCAUCAGAUAGCAACGACAUGGACGACAAAUCUCGAAACUCAGUGGAGAAGGGCUUCAACAUUCGUAAGCAGAUGCAUCGCGAUGUCCAGGAGAAGCGAACCACCCAGCCAGUGACAGUUCCACCUCCUCCACCACCUCAGCCAGCUCCGAAAGAGGUGCAAAAGCAGUUACCAGUGAAGUAUCCAACCCCCCAGCCCCUGAAUAAAUUUCACGCAUCCUACAAAGAGGCCCCAGUGCUCACCCAGCCGCCUGUUCAGCAAAAAUUCUCACAAUUGGGGAAUAAAUUUCAACCGAUUGGUCAGGCUAAUCCCCCGGAGCCCCCCGGGCCCCGUCCCCCCUCAGCAAAGGGCCACAAAGGGCCUCGAACUGACUCUGAGAGUGACGAUGACAACAGCAGGUCUAGGAGACGUGACUCGAGGGGCCCAGGGCCCGUCAGAAAGAGCAGAGAGAGACCUAUGAGACGAUCGAGAAGCAAAUCGAGGUCUAAAUCGAGCUCGAGUCGCUCCAGAUCCCACUCUGUGCGCAGAUCUCGCUCACGUUCCUAUUCCAAUCGUCGAUCUGGAAGUUACGAGAGAAAAUACAGCCGUUCGCCGUCAGGAACGUACAGUAGAUCACGAUCGAGAUCGAGAUCUCGGUCGUACUCGAGAAGCAGAAGUCGUAGUCGAUCAAAUGACAGGGGUUAUUACAGGAAACGUCAGUUCAGGCCUUACAACAAUCGUGGAACUUAUUACAAGCCCCGUUUUCAAGGAUUCAACAAUCAAAAUCAUCGUGGUAAUGGGCCCAAUAAUUUUCAAAAUCGCAAUCGUUUUUACAACAACAGCCAGCACAACAAUCGUUUUGGUAAUAAUCGCAAUCGUGGAGGAUUCGGUAACAACAGAAAUCAGAAUAGGGGUAGGAGUAAUCGUGGAGUUGGUAGAUUUUUCCAGAAUGGUAAAUCAGGAUUUCGUGAUUUUCGGGAUAGAAGGGACUUUAGGGAUCGUAGAAGUUCGAGGGACAGGUACAGCGAUCGAAGCUAUUCACCUGAUCCCAUGAGAAAGGUCGAUGAAGCCAAGGAGAAGAUUAAUAAGUUGCUGGAGGGCAAUGGUAAUGCUGAGAAUCAGCAAUCAGUACCACCACCCAAGAGACACGAUGGACCACUCAGUGAGGGCGAGGAGAGGGAUGAUGAUGACUACGAGAGGUGGGGAAAUAGCGCGGGCCAAGGGGCCGACAACAAGAGUGCCGAGGAACUCGAGAAAGGAGCUGGGCUGGAUGGAAAAGAUACGUUCAUCGAACGAAUGAAGCAACGAAGCAAGGAUGUGUUGAUUAGACGUGAAGCUGCAGCCAAAGUUUGGUAGAUUUUUCAUUGUUGAAGGAUCAGAUUAUUGGGAUGGAAUGAAUGGUGGUGGUUGAGGAUUGGCUAGGGUGUGUUUGGAGUUGGGUUGGGUGGAAAUAUUACAACCCAUAGUACGAGAACUCGACUGAUGGGAGCGGUGUGUUUUUACUUGACGAAUGGUAUCAAUUAUUUUUUAAGAUCAAUCAUUUAUUUUUGUUGUUCACUUUCAACACUGUUCCGAUGGCCUUUCGAUUUCUUUCGGAUUGAUCUCUCGUGCGCAUUGGUUAGCUGAACGACAGUAGUUAUGUGUGUAAUUUUCACUUAAUAGUUCAGACGUAGGUACAUUUAAGGUCCAAAAUAUAAGAUUCAAUGUAGAAGAUGAGGAGGAGAAUUAUAACAAGCAAAUUUAAAACAA